AUGAUCCUCGCCAGCCCCGACGACCUACCCCCCACGGCUGCGAAUCCAGACGAGGUCGGAGACCUCGAGCAGUAUCUCGACGCCGCGGACGUCGCCGUGGUCGGCGUGCUGCACGCGUUCAAGUGCGGCGACGUCCUCGAUCAGCUCGCCGAUAUUAAACGGCGGCGCGGGGCGGAUUUUGUUCCCACCGUGUUGGUGCUUGGCGGCACGGACGUCAACGUCGAUGCCGGGGAUAAGGCGGACGUGCUGACGCGAAGAGCGCACGCGGUGGAUAAGGUCGUUUCUUUCUCCGCGUCUAUGAUCGCCGCGGCACCGCCCGGAUCCCUGCCCUCCGACGGGAGGACGGCGGUGGUGCCGCAGGGCGUGUCGUUGCCGGAGGAAGCGAAGGGGGUUCCUUCAGUCGAGGAGGUUCCUUCGGGGGGUUUCGAGGAGGAGGGUUUCGAGGAGGAGGGCUUCGACGUGGCUGAUGACGCGCCCUCGCCGCCGCCGCCGUUGCCGCUCCACGAGGCGUGCGGUGUGCCCACCUCGACGCCCGUCUUCCUCCUCCCCGCGGGGUUGAGGCCCGUCAAGGACGUGUUAUGGGCGGUUGACGCGGUUGACGCCGUCGGCGCCGGGUCCGCGAACGCGUCUCCGCCGUUUGUUCUCGCCAUCGUCGGUCCCUCUCUGGACGACAAGUACCGCGACGCGGUUGUCGAGCGGCUUGGACGGUCCAAAAACGUCGUGUUGAUCCCCCCAGUCGACCGCGCGCACACCGUGGGGUACAUGCGAGCGGCGACGGCUGUCGUCAACACGUCAAAAUCCGAGGGUCAGAGCGGCGCCCUCCUCGAGGCGGCCGCGGCGGGCGUUCCCAUAAUCGCGCGGGACAUUCCGGGGAACAGGGCGUUACUCGACCUUCUGCUCGACGCGACGGGUGAGACGCCGGACGGGGAGCGGGACGAGGAAGGUUUCGAAUCGCAUCCGUGCGGUUUGCUGUGUCCCACCCCCGAGUCGUUUGCCGCGGCGUUGGUGGGCUCGGCGGCGGUACGUCGGCGACGAUCCACGGACCGCGCCGCGCUCGGCGCCGGGUGCUUGGCGCGGAACGAGCGUGAUCGAUGGAGGGGUAUCAUUCGGGAGCUGAUCGGUGACACGCCCGAGGAUGGAUGCGGGUCGGACAUGGCCGCCGCCGCGUGA